GGUUCUCCUCUCUCCUCCCACAGAAACGGCGUUAUGGCAACCACCUCGCCGACAACAGCAGCUGCACCAGACGUGAUGGGCGAGGCUGAGGCAGCGGCGGUCCAUUUCACUCCGCUGGACUAUACGGUGUUCGUUCUCCUGCUGGUAGCGUCACUUGUCAUCGGGAUAGUAAGUGCCUUCAAGAAUCGCUACAAUGAGUCCACCCAACAGUACCUGGUGGGGGAUAGAAAGAUGUCCCCGGUGGCCGUUGGUCUGUCUCUACUGGGUGGCUGGGUGUCUGCUGUAUCCAUUUUAGGAAACGCCACGGAGGUGUACUUUUACGGAACGCAGCUGAUGAUGCUCUUGCUGGGCUUCAUUCCUGCCGCCAUCCUGGUAGGGAGAGUGGUCCUACCACUUCUCUACGAACUUGGAAUCAUCUCUAUUAACGAAUACAUCGAGCUGAGGUACGGCUCUGCCGCCCUUCGCAAGCUGAUGACUCUCUGUGUGCUGCUCAUGAAUUACUUCUAUAUGGGAGUGUGCCUGUACGCCCCGUCCCUCGCCCUCACCACCGUCACCAGCCUCCCCAGCUGGGCCGCCACGCUCAUCAUGGGAUCUGUCUGCACCUUCUACAUCACCAUCGGCGGCGUGAAGGCAGUGGUGUACACGGACGUGAUGCAGACACUACUUAUGUUUGGCGGUGUGCUGGCCGUGGUUAUCACGUGCUGCCAGGAUCUGGGAGGCUUUGGCAAUGUGUGGACCAUCGCCCAACGAGGAGGAAGGAUAAGCUUCUUCGACAUGAACACGAGCAUAUUCAAGCGACACACUUUCCUCUCCACUUUUGUGCUCGGUUUUUAUACUUUCCUGAACAACGCGGGGUUCAAUUCUACCAUGUUCCAGCGCUUCGCCUCCGUCAGCACAGUGCAGACGGCCGUCAGACUGAACGUGUUUCUCCUGUUCGGAAUGGCGGUCCUGUGGAUUGUUUUUUUCCUGUCAGGACUCGUUGCCUACGCAUCCUACGCUGACUGUGAUCCCUUCACCGCCGGCCUCAUUCAGAAGCCCGACCAGAUCAUCCCCUUCCUGGUGACAGACAGAUUGUCUCGUUUCAGUGGCCUGGUGGGCAUCUUUGUGGCAGCCGUGUACAGCGGCGUGCUCAGCACUAUCUCUAGCUGUGCCAACUCAGUGGCCUGCGUGUUCUGGGAAGACUUCCUCAAACCACGUCCCUACUUCAGAGCGUUCUCAGAUGCUAAGGCGACCAACGUUGUUAAGCUUAUCUCGGCAGCGUCCGGGGUGGUGGCCAUCCUGCUGGGACUGCUGGUGGAGGAGAUGGGCAACAUAUUCGUGGUGGUGUACAGUGUGUGUGGCGCUGUCAUCGGUCCAAUGACAGGGGUGUACCUCAGCGGGAUGUGCGCCCCAUGGGUCAAUACCGUGCUUUUCAGCACUUUCCGACGUCGGCUUUGUCUGCUAAAAGAAACCUCUCCUAUUACUGAAACAGAAAUUACUCCUGGGUCCACUGCCCACGAUCAAUGGGGGCUCAUGUGCCGACAAUUGGACAUUCUAGAGGAUGGGAUAUCAGACCACCCAAGGUUAAGAUAUCUUGUUGCUGCCUACUCUGGCCUAGCAAAGCAAGAGCUGUGCAGUUAUGCCUUGAGCACCUGCAUGAGGAACUUGAAGAUUAUGGGAGAACUAAAGCAAACGUAUGAAUCAAUGCAUGUAAUAACAGAGAAAUUUAAAGGGAAGCUGAGAUACCCCUACGUGGAUGAGUCAUACAGACAUGAGGAACUGGACGAUGGCACCUCAUGUGAAGCUAAGAACAUGCUCAGAAAGGUAGAGAAGGACCGAGAACAGAUAAAAGAGUCAAGUGGACAACAUGCAAACCUGCCAUACCCAUCCACUAGUGCCACCAAUCCUGAAGAGAGCAACUUCCUAAAGAAGAGAAAAAGAGGCGAAAUCACCGCACUGGUGAAAGUGGGAGCCAAGAGUCAGAGUCCAGGAAAUUCCGUCAUUACUGGUGCCUUCCUCAACUCAGGUAGAGAUAGAUCUUAUUGUACAUAUGAUCUAGCAAUAGUGGUGAAGGAACUCCCGUCUUCUCUGAAAGGGUCUGACGCAAAGCCCUCGCAAAUGUUGUUGGUACGGGGGUUGCCGUACAAUGUCGCCUCAUGUACAUUCCAGAUAGCAGGGGGGUACAUCGGGGGUACAACACGCAACCUGACGCCCUGGGAAUUCUGCAGCUUGGGCAGGAAGGCGAGUCCAUCCAACAUGCUGCAGAACCGGCGGAACUCCAAGUCUGAGUGGUGUUCGGGCAUUGGUGGGGUGCGCCUGUGGUAUCUGAGGGAUCGCUUGGUGUUCUCCUCACACGGAAAACGCUUCUGCACAGCAUGGUCUUGGUUUGCCACUGCCUGGGCAAAUAUCUGGGAUGGCUUGUCUAGGGAGCUGGCCGCCUGCUGCCUCAUCAAGUUACGACAUUUUGUGUAUGUCACGUUGAUGUGUGCUCUGAAGGAAGUGGAAAUACUAAUAGGUUUAGAUAUACCCCAAGCCCUAGUACCACUAGAGAAAACAGAGAAGGUGAAAAUAGUGUUCGAUUGUGCAGCCCCUUACAAGGCAUUACCACUGAACAGUCAAGUGAUGCAAGGACCUGAUCUUAACAACAACUUGAUGGGAGUCCUCCUCAGAUUUCGACAAGAAAGGGUAGCUAUAAUGGCGGACAUCAAGGCCAUGUUACACCAAAUGCUCCUGCUCUCAUUUGGUGGGGAUGGGGGAAUGUGGGUGCGACCUGUUGAAGGGCCCAAUUAUUUCAGCUACAUCCAAAGGUCCGUAUAUGUUUCUAGUGACUUUGGCUACAUCCUUGCCAAAAGGAGAAGCUCAGCCAUAUUUACUAAUCCCCUUCCACCACCAUCACUCUCCGCGUCCCAGGGUGCCAUGAUGGGGUUCACCGCCUCGCUCAUCUUUAACUUGUGGAUUGUGAUCGGGAAAUUAGUACGGGGCGGAGGUUCCCCCAGUACGCUGCCGCUCUCCACUGCUGGCUGCGUCGUCCCCCUUACCAAUGCCAGCCUGCAUGAUGUCCCGCCCACCACCUCCUAUGUCACCACCCUUCUCAACACCACGACCACGGCUGCAGCAAACGAGACGCUGGAUGGAGCGGCAGUCUAUGACAUAUCCUACUGCUACAUAGGUAUUGCUGGUGUGGUAAUUACGAUGGUGGUGAGCACGCUGACCUCACUGCUGACAGGCCCGACGAGGCCCGAUAGCCUGAGAAAGGGAGUAGUCAGCCCCACGUGCCUCAAGGCGUACACGUGGGUGUGGUCGCGUCUGCAUGAGCACCAGGAUGACGACAGGAGGAAAGAGAUUCGGCAUUUGAGUGUAUAAGACGGACCAUCUCCAAUGACACAGCAGCUCAGUGCACGACAAAGAUCUCGCAAGUGCCAACUGAAGAGUUGGUCCAGACACCAGACGACGCACCAUGCUGGCUGAGGCGUUCUGGCGGGGACAGGGUGGGAUUGCAGGUCACGUCUUUGCAUUGCCUGCUGACGUGUUACUGUGUGAUUUAAGUUAAUUAUAAAUUAUGUUAAUUACAGUAAUAGGUAAAAUACUUUCAGUUCUGUUUUCAAUGUAUUAACUACUCAAAUACAAUCAUCUACAAACA